AUGGAACAUCUUUCUGCUCAUCGUCGCAUCAUAUCUUAUCUUUUUCUCUCUUCUUCGUCGAUGCUAUUUUUGUGUGUUCUAUUCCUUUCAACCACUAAUGCUUUAGUGAAACUUCCGGAGAACACGACGGUUCCGGCUAUAAUAGUGUUCGGAGAUUCAAUUGUCGAUGCCGGAAAUAACGACGAUCUGAUAACGGAGGCUAGGUGCAAUUAUCCUCCUUAUGGUAUUGAUUUUAGCGGUGGAGUUCCUACCGGAAGAUUCUCUAAUGGAAAAGUCCCCACUGAUAUUCUAGCGGAAGAAUUAGGGAUUAAACCAACUAUACCGGCAUACCGAGAUCCUAAUUUAAGACCAGAAGAUCUCCUAACCGGUGUAACAUUUGCUUCGGGUGGUGCUGGUUAUGUUCCUUUGACAACACAAGUAGCGGGAGGAAUACCAUUAUCGCAACAACUGAAAUUUUUUGAAGAGUAUAUAGAGAAAUUAAAUGGAAUGGUGGGACAAGAGAGGACAACGUUCAUAAUUAAGAAUAGUUUGUUCGUUGUUAUAUGUGGUAGUAACGAUAUCGCAAACAACUUCUUUAGUCUCCCUACGUCUCGGAUCCAAUACGACGUCGCUUCUUUCACUGCUCUUAUGGCCGACAAUGCUCGCUCAUUUGCCAUGACACUCUAUGGAUAUGGAGCAAGAAGAGUACUUAUGUUUGGUGCACCACCAAUAGGUUGUGUUCCUUCGCAGAGAACUGUAGCUGGAGGACCAACAAGAGGUUGUGUUGUUCGUUUUAAUGAUGCAUGUAAGCUUUUCAAUGCUAAACUCUCUGCAAAUAUUGAUGGCUUGUCAAGAACCUUACAAGAGACAACUUUAAUAUACAUCGACAUCUAUAGCCCUCUUCUUGAUAUCAUUCUAAACCCUCAACAAUAUGGAUUUAAGGUGGGCACUUUAGGAUGUUGUGGAACCGGGCUCAUAGAAGUGACUGCUCUAUGCAACAACUAUACAGCUUCUGUAUGCCCCGUAAGAUCGGAUUAUGUGUUUUGGGACAGUUUUCAUCCCACUGAAACAUCUUACAGAAUUCUAGUUGCAAAACUUCUUCAGAGAUAUAUUAACAGAAAAGUUUAUAUAGUUCUCUGUGUCCUGGUUACUGUAAAGCUUCAAAUAAAAGUUCUCUUCUUUUAUUUUUACAUUAAAGCAAACAUGAAAAACAAUACAAGCUGGUCUUGUUCUUGUUCUCUCUUGAAACUAUGUCUGGUGUUCAUUCUCUUUCUUAGUGAUACCGUCGUCGCCAUCAAGCUGCCGCCAAACUUGAAGAUUCCAGCUCUAAUAGCUUUCGGAGACUCCAUUGUUGACACUGGAAAUAACAACAAUGUCAAAACCGUAGUUAAGUGUGAUUUUCAUCCUUAUGGUAUCAAUUUCCAAGGUGGAGUUCCCACCGGGAGAUUCUGCGACGGGCGAGUUCCUGCCGAUUUGCUAGCCGAGGAAGUGGGGAUAAAAUCAGUUGUACCUGCAUAUCUCGAUCCAAAUUUAAAGCCGGAAGAUCUGUUAACCGGUGUAUCAUUUGCGUCGGGUGGUUCUGGUUACGAUCCUAUAACACCCAAACUCGUGGCAGCAAUAUCAUUACAAAAGCAGUUAAAAUAUUUUGAGGAGUACAUAGAGAAAGUGAAGAGUUUAGUUGGGGAAGAAAGAAAAGACUUCAUAUUAGCCAACAGUUUGUUCUUAUUGGUCGCUGGCAGCGAUGACAUAGCCAAUACUUACUAUGAUCUUCAUGCAAGACCUCACUAUGACGUCGAUUCCUACACUACUCUUAUGGCCAACUCUGCCUCCGAUUUUGUGAAUAAACUAUACGGAUAUGGAGUGAGAAGAAUAGCUGUGUUUGGUGCACCACCACUUGGUUGUAUCCCAUCACAGAGAACCUUAGGAGGAGGUCUUUUGAGAGAAUGUGCAGAGUAUUACAACGACGCUGCAAAGCUUUUUAAUUCGAAGAUCUCAACAAAAUUGGAUUCACUGCGUAAAACUGUACCGGGUAUCAAACCGGUCUACAUUAACAUCUAUGACCCACUUUUUGAUAUCAUCCAGAAUCCUGCAAAAUACGGAUUUGGUGUGUCUAACAAAGGAUGCUGUGGAACUGGAGUCAUAGAAGUUGCUGUCCUGUGCAAUAAAAUUACAUCUUCAGUGUGCCCCGAUGUGUCUAGCCAUGUCUUUUGGGACAGUUAUCAUCCCACAGAAAAGACUUACAAAGUUUUAGUCUCGCUGUUGAUUAACAAAUUUGUUGAUCAGUUUAUCUGAACUAAAAACUAUUUUCACUUAGUAAUGAUUGAUUAUAUAUCAUAAUAUUUUGUUUGUAAUAUGUGAAACUGUAUUCCUGCUAAAUAAAUUAAUAUUUUUCUUGUUGUUUCA